AUGGUGCAUUAUCGAAACCCGUACGUCAACUAUAUACGAAGGAAACCUUUGGCAUUUUUGGCACCAAUAACAGUCCUCCUAGUCAUCUACUUUUUCCUAUUCGGAUCGACCACAUCCACCACUUCGUCAAAGUCCACCCCGAAAUACAGCUAUGACAAGAAAUCAAAAUCGUGGUUUACUUCCAACAGUCAAGAUUCGGUAAUGGUGAAGAAUAUGCCCAAAAAUCAUAUAGCCCAUUACGACUUGAACAAGUUGUCUUCAUCUGCCGAUGCGUUAGCCAAGAAGGAAGAAGUGUUGAUCUUGACCCCAAUGACGAAAUUCUUGCCUGGAUACUGGGAGAACUUAAACAAGUUAACAUAUGAUCACUCAUUGAUUUCGUUGGGAUUCAUUUUCCCCAGAACAGAGGAAGGUGAUGGUGCAUUGAAGGAUUUAGAAACUGCAUUGAAGAAAAGCAAAGCUAGUAAUACAUUGAACUUUAAAAAAGUGACUUUGUUGAGACAAGAUUCAAACUCGUUAGAAAGUCAAUUGGAAAAGGAACGACACGCAUUCAAGGUGCAAAAGGAGAGAAGGUCAAUGAUGGCGUUGGCGAGAAACUCGUUGGUUUUCUCCACCAUUUCACCCUCUACGUCGUGGAUAUUAUGGUUGGAUGCGGAUAUCGUCGAGACGCCCCCUAACUUGAUCCAGGACUUGGUUGCACAUAAUAAACCCGUUUUAUCCGCCAAUGUUUACCAAAGGUUUUAUGACGAGGAAAAACAACAGCAAUCAAUCAGACCAUACGACUAUAAUAACUGGGUCGAAAGUGAAGAAGGUUUGAAAUUGGCUGCUAGUUUGGGCGAUGACGAAAUUAUCGUAGAGGGUUAUUCGGAAAUGGCAACAUACAGAGCAUUAAUGGCCCAUUUUUAUGAUCCGAACCAGGAUGUCAAUACAGAAAUGGCUUUGGAUGGUGUGGGAGGAGGUGCUGUAAUGGUGAAGGCUGAUGUUCAUCGAGAUGGAGCCAUGUUUCCAUCUUUCCCUUUUUAUCAUUUGAUUGAAACUGAAGGAUUUGCCAAAAUGGCAAAGCGAUUGGGCUAUGAGGUUAGACGAUAUUAUACUGAAACUCCACUGCGCACUAUGCUUAGACAAUUUACUAGGUCUACAAUUUCCCGUCAAAGUGCUAGACUUGCUAGAACAUACUCCACUGGAAGUUCAGCGACACGCACUCAACUCAACUCAAAAUUAGCUGCGGGUGCAAUUGUACCGGUGGCAGUUGCCAUUGGCUAUUUAUCAUGGUCCAACUCAAUCCAAAACGAGACUGUCUUGGGAGUGGCCAAGAGCAUUGAAGAGAAAUUCGAAGAUGGAGCUGCCAUGGCUGACGAACAUCAGGAAAAGUUCCAAACUGAGCAAAAACAGUUACAAGAGCAAAAAGGUGAGGAUGAGAUUGCAGAUAUCGAGAAAUUGAAGAGUGACUUGACAAAAAAGGCAAGUGCUCUUGAUUCUAAGAAUGUCUCAUCUGGUUCUUCUACCGGUAAGCAAGCUGCUGAAAAGUUGGACUCAGACACUAGUAGACACGCAGCUACUGACCCUGAAAAAGUGGAGAAGAAGCAAGAGAAUAAGGAUGCUCUUGCGUCUAAAUCGGAAGGAGAUGCCGCAGAAAAGAAGCAAAAGGCUGAAAAAUUGGAUGAAAAAUCGAGUGAUUUAAAACUGAGUGACAAAUCAAACAACGAUCAAGAAGGUGGAGAUGGUGAUGACCACCAAGCUGCUGCAUAUAACCCAGAAACCGGUGAAAUCAACUGGGACUGUCCUUGCUUAGGUGGAAUGGCACACGGACCAUGUGGAGAAGAGUUUAAGGAGGCAUUUUCUUGUUUUAUUUACUCGGAAACCGAACCUAAAGGUAUUGAUUGUAUCAAGAAGUUUGAAAACAUGAGAACUUGUUUCAAGAAAUACCCAGAACAUUACAAGGAGGAAUUGUUUGAUGAUGAUGACAAAGAAAACAGUACUGAGACUGUGGAGCAUGAAGUUUUGGAGACUGCUGAGCCUGCUGUUAAGGAAAUUGAGCAAGCCACCAAGUCAAAAGACUCUAGAUAG